AUGGUGGAUAUGAAAUGUGAGGGUUGUGUUAACGCCGUGAAGAGCAAGUUAGAAACCAUUCAAGGCAUUGAAAAAGUGGAUGUGGAUUUGCCUAACCAAGUUGUGAGGAUACUUGGAUCUUCCCCUGAGACUAUGAGUCACUCAAGCUUUAAACCAAACCGGUCGAAAAGCUCGUUUGAUUGGCCAAGGUGUUCCUCAAGUCUGAACCCAUGGCAACUUUUCUUUGUGAUGUGUUUGGCAGACUUUUUGGUCUCGGCUGCAGUGGCGGAGUUCAAAGUCCCAGACAUCUUUGGGGUAGUAAGAUUUGCUCAGGUCAGCAUGCAGCUUGCAAGGAUUGAAACCAACUUUACAGGCUUGGCUCCUGGGAACCAUAGUUGGUCUAUCAACGAGUAUGGAGAUCUCACAAACGGAGCAGCCAGCACAGGGAACUUGUACAACCCAUUUCAAGAUCAUCCUACAAUCAAAGAGCCAUUGUGCGACCUGGGAACACUAGAGGCAGACCAAAACGGAGAAGCGUUAUACUCUGGAAAGAAAGAGAAGCUCAAGGUUGCUGAUCUAAUAGGGCGAGCUGUGGUGGUUUACAAGACAGAGGAUAAGAAGUCAGGACCAGGAUUAACAGCUGCAGUGAUUGCUAGAAGCGCAUGA